AUGGCGGGCUGGGAGAAUGAAGAACCUAAUGAUGACUACAACUGGGGUGCACCCGGUCCUGCCACAGACUUUGCUGCCUUGACCGAACAGAACGGCUUUGGUGGUGACGAUUCUGGGCAUCCUCGUGAUGAUAUCUGCCGCAACUGUGGUCAUUCUGGCCAUUUUGCUCGUGAGUGCCCUGAACCUCGUCAGGGAGGUAGCGGUGCCUGCUUCAAUUGUGGCGAGGAAGGUCACAACAAGGUCGACUGUCCCCAUCCUCGUGUCUUCCAAGGCACUUGCCGUGUCUGCAACGAAGAGGGUCAUCCUGCGUCCGAGUGCCCUCAGAAGCCUGCCGACAUUUGCAAGAACUGCCGUGGAGAGGGCCACAAGACCUCUGAGUGCAAUGAAAACCGCAAAUUCGACUUGAAUGAUGUUGCCGAUGAGACCCCCCAGGAUGCCUGGGAUAAGCUCAAGAAAGCUGACACGGAACGCGACCUUGACGAUUUUCGCGAUUCAUUCCAAGUGUAUGCAAAGGCAGAACCCACCAAGACCUUUGUCGACAUCGAGAAGCAAUUGCGUGUUGAGGGUGGUAAUGUCCACUUGAUUGCCCUUGAAAAGCAGAAGGAAGGUUUUGAGAAUUAUACCUUCAUCGACCUUCAGGGCAAGCUGAACUGUACCUAUGUCGUCAAGUUCUUCUUUGAUAACAAACCUCACCGUGAUCAUUUGGUCAAGCGCUGGCCCACCUCCCCUGAAGACAAUCUUGAACGUCUUACCGACGCGGGUUUCGAAUACGAUCGCUUGAUCCCCAAGUGCGUCAAUUGCGGAGAACUGGGUCACAUCGCCAAGAGCUGCAAACAGGAGCGUACCAUGAUUGAACGUGUCGAGAUCAAGUGUGUCAACUGUUCAGAGGUUGGUCAUCGUGCUCGUGAUUGCACCAAGCAACGCGAACAACGGGACAAGUUCGCAUGUCGCAACUGCGGAUCUCCGGACCACAAAGCUGUUGACUGCACUGAGCCACCAAAUUUGGACCACAUCGAAUGUCGUCGCUGCAACCAGAAUGGUCACUUCGCAAAAGAUUGUCCCAAUGCUCCCAAGUUCGCGAGGGCAUGCCGCAAAUGCGGUGCAGAAGACCAUCUAUCGCGCGACUGUGGCCAGCAGCAAAACAUGGAUCUCAUCACUUGCAACAACUGUGAUGAGACUGGGCAUUACGCUCGCGACUGUCCCAAGCCUAGGGACUGGUCUCGUGUGAAGUGUAGCAACUGUGGCGAGAUGGGGCAUACCAAUCGUCGUUGCUCCUAG